AUGUCGAUACGGAGCGCCAACAAUAGCGAUAGCGAGGAAACGAGAAUCGGGGAUUCACCCAGAGACUCAGCUCUCGAAGUUGCUGCUUCCUUGGAUCCGUUCGUUCCAUUCACCGAGAUAGAAGAACAUAGUGGUCGAAUCAUUACGGUUCGAGCGGCAGCCGUGGGAAUUUUGUGCGGUGUUCUGGUCAACGCAUCCAACAUUUACAUCGGCCUCCGUGCUGGGUGGACCACUUCUGCCAACGUGCUAGGUGCAAUCGUUAGUUUCGCCGUUCUGAAACGUUCUUCAUCAACAUUCGGCCCCCAUGAAAACAACAUCGCUCAAACUCUGGCGACUGCGUCUGGCGGCAUGUCCAACGUCUUCAUAUCCGGAAUCCCAGCACUCUAUCAGUUGAAUUUGCUCACAACACCGGCCAAAGACUUCUUUAGACUUGUUAUUUUAGCCACGAUGGGUGGCUACUUUGGUUUGUUAUCGAUUGCUCCUUUGCGAAAAUUCUUUAUAAAUACUGCAUCGCGAGAACUAAAUCUCGUUUUCCCUUCGUCUUUCGCUACUGCGGCUACUAUCCGAAGCAUGCACUCAGCUGCUGGUGGAGAGAAGCUGGCACAGCGCAAGAUGAAAUGGACAAUAGUCGCUUUUUUUGCGGCAAUGGCGUUGCGCAUCGCAUCCAUGUUUUUACCAAAUAACUGGCAUGUGUUUGAUUGGAUCGCGCAAGCACGGCUUUCCACUGCCAUCACCAAAUUUGCGUUUGUCGCUGAAAGUUGGGGAUGGGUCAUUGAGUGGUCCCCGGCAAUGAUUGGUUCUGGAUUCUUGGUAGAUUUUAAUGUUUCCAGCUCUUUCUUCGCCGGUGCUAUAUUUGCAUGGGGGUUCCUAGGGCCAUACCUCGUGUCGAUUGGCUCAGCUUUUGGCGAGCCCUCGGAUUCAGCGAAUCCACCCAGACGGAUAUCUUACACCGCGAUGUCAACCAAGUUUUCAAGCUCAGACCACCCUAGCCCUCGAUAUUGGCUUCUGUGGCCCGGCGUAGCAUGCACUCUUGCUGUUGCUUUUCUUGAGCUUCUAUGUCAAUCCAAGACCAUUUGGAAAUUUCUGCUCACAUUGACGAAGAAAAUGUCCCAGUCGCUCAUUAACCUCGUCCAGACUCCACAGCCUCGAUAUGAGCCGAUCGAACAAGAGACGCCUGUAAUAUCUGAGAAGCGACAAGAUCUAAAGGAACUUACCUUACAGAUGUGGCUUCCUGGGUUGGUAUGCGUCGUGCUGUCUGCCAUUGUUAUUCUGCGUAUCCAAUUCAAGAUGCCAGUUUUCGAAGCAGUUGUUGCGCUGGCCAUGUCCUUUUGCUUGAUGUUGGUUGCUAUACAGGCAACAGGUGCAACGGAUACCACCCCAAUUAACGCCAUUACGAAGGUGUCACAGGUUGCGCUGGGGUCGAUCACACGAUCAACGGGCGCGACAGUCGAGGCUGCCCAAAGGCUAAACCUCGUCGGUGCCAGUCUUACGAAUAUUGGUGCUUGUCAAGGAUGUGAUUUGAUGGGUGACUUCCGUGUUGGCUUCUUACUUGGUACACCAGUGCAUCUUCAAUACAUCGCUCAAUUGAUCGGCACCCUCGUUGCAUCACUUGUUGCUCCGGCGAUCUUUCUUCUUUUCACAACAGCUUAUCCUUGCAUUAUUUCUGGCGAUGCGAGCUCUUGCGAUUUUCCUGCCCCGACCGUCGCGUCAUGGCGUGCCGUCGCCGUGGUGGCUAGUACACCCAACCCGUCAAUACCGUCUUCUAGCAUAUACUUCUCCAUCUCCAUUGCAAUCUUUUCUGGAGUUUUGGUCAUUGCCAAACAUGUUUUAUGCAAUAAUGGUUAUGGCUGGAUAAAGACUGUCUGGCCCAACAUGAUGAUCUUUGGGUUGGCAUUUACGCUGCCGAAUGCCCAAACACCGACAACGAUGAUGAUUGGAUCGCUUAUUGCGGCGUUCUGGAAGUCUAGAAAUGCAAAAGGAUUCGAAGUGUAUGCCUUUGGUGUUGCAGCAGGGCUUGUUGCGGGGGAGGGCAUCGGCGGCACAAUCAACUGUGCUCUGUCUAUUCUCGGCCUAAUAUAA